UAAGUAUUCAGCCGGUAAAAGUUUCCGCAUGAUCAUGUGACUUGUGUUCAUUGGUUUCCACUCAACCAACCACAUUUUGAACCAAAUUCUCAAAAGUUGUGAAUUUGGUUCAAAAUGUGUGUCACAAACUUUGAGUUUUAUGUUUACAACUUGUAGGAAGUUGCAAACUUAAAACCUGACCAGGGAUUAAAGAAGCAGCAAAUGAUGCGUGUGAGCCGUGCAGAGUGUGCAGGAGACGAUCAGAGGUUAUGCUGCAGAAGUGCUGAAUAUAAGUUUCACACUCAUCUUGAUUUGCAUGUUUCCCGCACAAACAGAAGACAGUCUGGUGGAACACUUGUUAUGUUUGCACUUUGAGAGAUGUUAUAUUCAACUCUAUAUUUUCCCAUCUUUAUCUUGUUGUAUUUUCAGAGCUUAUUUAAACUGCCUAUUUUUCAAAAAAUCUGAUUGUCUGCUGACACUAACCGCUUCUUGAAAAUCACAGAAUCUUGUCCCUGCGUUCCUGUAGAACCACAGCUACUAAACGUUGUUUGACUUUACUGGCAAAUCGCUGUCGUCAUUUCCUGUGCUGCCACACAGUUUCCAUGACAGCUGAGAAAGACUAUAAAGGAUGUUCCUGACUCAUAGUAUGAUGGGAUGGAGUGUGUUGGCAGUGCUCACCAUCAGUGUGCCUGUGUGGAGCUCUGUGAAGGUGACGCAGCCCUACAGAGUAGUGAGCACCAACGGAACAGCACAGAUCCACUGCAUCAUCCACUCCAGAACCGCCGCCUCCCACCUCCGACCCGCCCAGCGUCUGGAGAAUCUCGUCUCCAACCUGGAAGACCUGCAGGUGGCUCUGCUUAGAGGUCUCCAUGGCAACCAGAAAAUCUGCUCCUCCACCCUCAACAUCUCAAAGAAUAUGCAGAUGCAGCAGGAGAAAGACGGAGACGGACAGUGUGCGGUUCAGAUGAAAGAUGGCGCUUUGGUGGUGACACUAUCCGGACUGAAAGCCACACACACAGAUAUCUAUCGCUGCGCCAUCCAGGUCUUCUACCCACCACCCUACCAGCAGCUCACAGGCAACGGCACACUCCUUCAUGUCCUGGAGGAUUCCCCCUGCCCUGUCCGGGGGCCCCAGAGACAGCAGAGUGAGGAGGAGGAGAGGGACGAAGAGGAGAGUAAUGAGACAAAACCAGCAGUCAGCGUUACUGUGGUAGUUCUUGUGAUAGCCAUCAUCUGUGUCCUCAUCAUAAUCAUCACUUUGCAGACUCUCCAGUGUGAGCGAGGCAGAAGGGAACCUAUCAGGAUGCCGCCGAACGUCUUGCUUCACAAAGUGGAUGCUGUACCAUUUUCAUGUGGAACCAUGGCAUAGGAAUCUCCCAAAUGAUAGCGAUUAUUUUGCUGUCUGUGCUUUUGUACUUCUCCAGUGCAAAACUAAUGUUUACGUUCUUGUAAACACACACCUUGUGUUAAAGCUGUGGCUUUGGUUCAGUUAAGUUUAUUUGACUUGAGUUGCUGAAGCACCUGUAUUGAGGUGAGAAGGCUAGUACCGCUAGUACUGUGUACAAACUGCUGAUGUGCGUUAAACCUCUUUGUUUAAGCUGCUUAGUUGCAACAUUUAGCAUCAUUAUGACUUUCACCUUCUUAUUGUGUUUUGUUUUUACAUGUUGUUACAUAUUAAAAUAGAGUUCUGUGUCACCUAGCAAAAUGUUCUGAAGCCUCAUUUUCUAAAUGUAGUUGGAGGAGAUUGCUUUACACUGAACCAAAAUGAAUCCGGUUUGCAAUGUUGUUACACGUUAUCUUUCCUAUGUCCUUUGUUAAACUGUAUACAAUGAAUUUACUGAAUGUUGUUAAUUUUCCAUUGGCAAAGCUGCAUUUAUAUAGUU